AUGGUCUCUUUUUCUGUUCUAGAUGGUGAAUAUAAAUUUGCUGUACUCUGUCGAGUAUGCGGUGACAAUGCUUCGGGUGUGCAUUACGGAGUAGAUGCGUGCGAAGGGUGCAAGGGAUUCUUCCGGCGAACCACGGGACAGAAUCUGAAAUAUCCAGUAUGCAAAUUAGGAGAUAAUUGUGAAAUAAACAGAGAGUCUAGAAACAGGUGUCAGUCAUGUAGAUAUGAGGCAUGCGUAAAAGUCGGAAUGUCUCGAAAAGCUGUCAAGUAUGGAAGAAUACCAAAUAGAGAGAAGGUUAAAAUUUUGACACGGAGAUAUUCAGCGUGGAGAAGCUAUGCACGAUCGGAUGAUAAUGCUAUUGGGAGUGUUUACCGUAAAAGCGAAAAGUUAGUAAAGCAGACAACUGACGCCCGCAGACACUCUAAUGUAUUGAUAAACCCAGCCAAGAAACCAGAAAGUAAUCAUUUACCAACUGCAAAAUAUUUGAUACAAAGUCGUAUCGAAAAUGAGAGAAGCGGCCAGUCAGUAACAAAGAGGAACUAUUCGCACUUGCUAAGUGUUGGUGAUGGCGUUCUCAACGUUUCCAGGCACAGUGAGAAUUCAGUAACACGACAGAAAUUUGUAUAUUCUGCCUGUAAACCAAAUGAACCUCAUUGGAGCCCAAUAUCCGUCGUUGAAAAUCAAAAAUCCACAUCUGAAAAAAUAAGGCAGCCGAACUUCAUCGAAGCCUUGCAAUAUGAUUCAAGGGAAAUGGACCAUGGGCAUAUCCAAUCGUCGACUUUGAACAAAGAAGAUAAAUACUUUUCGUUUGAUAAAUUUCCCAAACGACUGGAAGGAAAUGCAAAAAGCAAUUUCUUGCCUGCCUCAAAUUCGUCUUACAUACCAUACAACCAGAAGAAGCGUUUGUGGUCAGCAUCAUCCCACGACAGUUCUUGCUCCUCACGGAUUGAGAGCGAAUUUUCAAGCGAAGACAAUAAAUAUCAAUGCAGUAACACAUUGGCGAGCAUGGACAACGUAGUAAACACAAAUUUAAACAAUCAGCAUUCGGAGAGCAAGCAAAGCCCCUGUGUAUAUGAUGAUAUUGCAAAUACACUUUGUCUCGGUUUUCAAGCCACUUUUUUUCUGGCCAAGCGAGGAUUUUUUCUAAGCGCAGACAUCAGGGGAAAGAGACACAGUCAACUCGAGAAAGCAACAUAUAACGUUACAAUUCAAAACACCUCCACAUUCAACAUGGCGAUUUGUGAAGUCGUUGAAUUCGCGAAAAAAAUACCUGGAUUUACCAAUAUGUUGAAGGUUGUGGAUCAAAUUCAUCUCCUAAAAAGUGGAGUACUCGAGGUCAUGCUCAUCGUUAUGUUAUCUGGUUACAACCCGGUCAACCAAACAUUUCUAUUUCCAGAUGGAAAACGGAAUGGUUUAUCUGAAUUAGUUUCCAAUGAUAUGGGAGAAUUCGUCAAAUGUACAUUCGAUUUUGCUGAACAAUUUACUUCUCUUGGUCUUAGCCCAGAAGAAGUCGCUAUAUUCACAGCCUUGGUACUGAUAUCCUGCGAUCGACCUGGUAUUGUCGACAGUAAAUCUGUUCGCAAACUCGAAGAUAAACUGCUGCAUGUGCUGCAUCGAAGCAUGACCGCUUCGAGAGGAAUUUGGGAUAAUACUUAUGCUAAAUUAUUGAUGAAAUUAGCGGGAUUACGAACACUAGGUUUUUUAUCUCACCACCAACUCAGAGACUACUGUAACGCCGAAACAACUGACCAUGUUGCUGUUUCUAAGUAAACACAGCAAUCUUCCCUUGGUAUCUAACGCAAUAAUGCUAUCAAACGGGUUUCUGCGGGAUAAACUAUUCAUCCCACUUAUAUGCUUUUGGAUAUGUAAUUCAAGGAUAACGUAGCACGAGUAAAGUGUCUUUUGGUGGUUCCUGUUAGGUGGAUACUGCAACAAAAGUGAAGGCAAUUACGGUAUUUAAUGGAUACAACAGUCAUACUAUGGUUGAUUCGCAUUUCGAGGAUGAUGUAGCAAAAGUAAAGUCAACUCUCAAAGGUAAUUCAAUACUCUUGCUUGUGGAUCCGCAAUGAAAGGAUGAUAUAACAAGAGUGAAGACAGUUAUUUUAAGUAAUUUAAUAGUCCUAUUGGUGGAUUCAUAGUGCGAGGAUCUUGUGCCAAGAGUUGAGUCAACUAUUCGGUGUGAUUAUUCAAGAAUCUUGCCGGUGGAUCUAUUAUGAAAGUAUGAUCUGGCGAGAGCGAAAACAAUUAUUCUAAGUCAUUAAAAAGUUUUGCCGAAGGAUCCAUAAUGCAACAAGAGAGCUAUGCUCAAAUAUAUGGACACGUCACAAGGUGUCGCUAUUUUUUAUUCUGACACAUAAAAAAACAAAUCUCUCGAAGUCCGCAGAAAUUUUAUAAAUAAGUAAAAGUAAUAGGCUUCUGGCAAAAAAAUCAAUCUUUAACCACUGAAAAUAUCAAAGCAAUUGGUCCAGUAUUCGAAGAGAAAAGCGAUUCCAUCAUGGCGAAGGAGAAGAAUAAUAACAUGAACAACAACACAAGAGAGCUAUGCUCAAAUAUAUAUGAAAUUCCGAGUUUCGCGUAGAAGUAAUUUAAAGAAUCAAACCGGACAACCAGUGUUUCCAUGGAUAAAAUGAUACAGCAAAAUUUUGGACAAAAUAUCAGAUUUCAUGCGAAAUUUAG